GGUGAAGUCAUCUUUAAAGAUUUCAUGAGCCUCAUCCAAGGUCAGUCUCGGCCUCAAGCUAAAAUCCUCACAUUUGAUGGACAAGAUGUGGCGGACGAUCCAGCAGCUCCGUGCUUAUGGCUUGGUCGACGACCGAUCUAUUUGAACGGUGACUAUGAGUACGCGGCACAAGCGAAAUGUCGAAACUGGCAGAGCACACAUCCAACUGAACAGGCCCUGACAGCCACCCUGCCUAUGGAAUCCAGUGCACCUGGUCUAUUGUCAAAAGAAAAUACCAAACUGGUUGCUUGCUCCCAAUUCUGUCGAAUGCUCUGCAUCCAGAUCGCCCCAUCGGACUCGUGA